AUGUAUCAUGAAGAUCCAUUGAAACGUUUUGUUUUGAAUCCUAUUAGUGGCGAAGAUAACGUUAAAACACGUCUGCCUAUCGAGGCGCUAAUGAACGUGUGCAAAUACAAGAAACAAAGGGAUCUGUUUCUCCAAGCUUUUGCCAAUAUUCAACGAAGAAAUUAUAAUGACGUUAGAUCUUAUUUCAAAGUUGCUGGAAUUCAUGGUCUUCCAUAUGAUUCUUACAAUGAUGAUGGGGUUUCUAAGAUUCAAGGUGGCUAUUGUCGUCAUAGUGAUAUUCUCUUUCCUACUUGGCAUCGUCUAUAUGUCAUGUUGCUUGAAAGGCUAAUAUAUGAUGAAGCUAAGGAGAUCGUAAACAGUUAUCAUGAUGGCGAUAUAAAAGAUGAGUACAAAGAGGCAGUUGAGAAUGUUCGGUUUCCAUACUGGGAUUGGGCCAGUUCAUCUGUUCUCUGUCAAGGAAUACCUUCGAUUUUGUUUGAUAAAUUUGUUUGUGUUAUGGUCCCAAAUGAAUCAGGUGACGAAGAAAUAGAAACCAAAAUUCGGAAUCCUCUUCGUGCGUACACUUUGCCAGUAAAUCUAGGAAUUGCAGAACUUGUUGGUGACACUUCUAAUCCAACGCAAAGACCAUAUAUUCCAGAUGGGGAUAUUGAACCUUAUACACCAGCCGGAUAUUCAACUGUCAGACAUCCAAACCAAAAUUACACUUCCGAUUCAAAUUUCACUAGCCUUGAAAUCGUCACUUCGUGUAGCUCUACAUUUCGUCCAAGUAUUUACGACAUUCUUUCGAUUGAGGACUGGUAUAGUUUCAGUAACACUGGUAUGACAACCAAAAUCGAACCACCCUGUGAUCCGGAUGGCAAACCUAAAUAUUCGUGUGAGUCAUCAAUUGAAGGCGUUCAUAAUGUUGCUCAUGAUAAAAUUGGUGGAAUAGGCGGUCAUAUGUCAUAUCCUGAUAUUGCGAGUUAUGACCCCAUAUUUUUCCUUCAUCAUGCAAAUGUGGAUCGCCUUUUUGCUAUUUGGCAAGCUUGUCAUCCUGGCGAUGAUAGUUGGAUUAAGGAAUGGUCCGAUGAUAAAAAGACACUUAACCAAGAUACUAAACUUGAGCCAUUUCUUAAAAAUGAUAAUGAUUAUUGGACCUCGGCGGAAGUUAGACAUAUUGAAAAACUCGGAUAUAAUUAUCCUGAACUAAAGGAACCAAUUACAGACCCAAAAGGUUUUUUAGAAGCCAUGCAAAAGGUUUAUCACCACGUUGUUAAUUCGAAUAGAAAAUGGAAACUUAACAUAAAAGUCAAGAAAAAUGAAGUUGGCGCGCCAUUUCAAAUUCGAGCAUUCAUUGAUUUGCCAACCAACAACCCAUCAACUUCUAUCACCAGUCCCAAUUUCGCUGGUUUCAUGUCAAUAUUUUCUCGUGGAAAAACAAGUUGUGCUAGUUGCAACGAUAAUCGAAAAGUAUUAGUGAAAGACGACAUUGACCUUACUGUAUGCAUGCAAAGGCUCCAUCUUGUUAACGAGAGAAACGUUAUGGAAUGGGAUUCAUACUCUGAUGAAAACCCCCCUUUGACUGAACGAGUCACUCUUGUGACUGUGUUGAAGGAUGGAAGUGAGAUAAAUCUUAAAAAAGUUGGUAUAAUGUCUGCGGAUAUCUGGGAAAUUGACGGUAAUAUUCCAAAAUAUUUAGGCAGCAUUUAUCCCCCCAGUAAAAAAGCUUAG